AUGGCAGAAAGUGCCUCUCUCUCUCUCUCUCCCUGUUUCUGCAACUCUCCUGAGACUCGGGGCUGCCAUUGGGCAGUCAGUCACUGCAAUCCGCCUACUUUUUUUCUCUCCCUCUCUCUCUCUCCCUCCUUUUUUUUUUUUUUUUUUUUUUUUUUUUUUUUAAAGGAGAGGAUGACAACGGAGAGACACCGAUCUCGCUCGGGCUGCAAUGCACCCUCUCUCCCCGGGCCAGCCCUGUCCGUACGCCCAGCUCUCGGAGCGGUCCCCACCCGCUCAGCGCUGCAUUUUGGGGCGGCUCGCUCCGUGCCUCGGCGAAGGCAGCUCUUGGGCUCUGGCUCGGAGACGUCCUGGAGGAGCCGGCAGCUCCUGGUUAAUUGCUUUAUGAUGGGUGGCUGCCCCAGCUCCCCCGAAGGGCUCCGCCGUCCCCUCCAGCCCCGGAGGGCUCUUGGCUCUUGUUGCCCCUGCUGUUGCAAAUCAAGCUCUGGUUUCGGGGGACCUCUGUACAAAAAAAAAAAAAAAAAAAAAAAAAAAAAAGGACGUGCACGUUGUCUUAGCCCGCCUAAGAGAGAAAUAAAGACGUGCACACUCGUAGCUUCCUGGUGGGGCUGGCUUUGGCGUGAGAGAAGGGGGGAAAGGACGGGUGGGCAGCAGCCGGGUGACGGGGGCGAGCGGGGGCCGCGGUGCCCGGCCGGCCGGGAGCCUCUCCCGCAGCCCCCGGGGGCAGAACUGCCGCCUCUCCCCUUCCCUCCUUCUUUCCCAGAGGAUGCAGGGCGGGCUAGGCGCUUUGCCGGCGGAUCAGCCCCCUCUCCCCUGCGUGCCCCUCGGGCCCCGGGCCGGGGGGAGCUCGCCCCGACCCUGCUGCGGCCAGCGGGAGCCCCUCGCCCCGCGGAGCAAUGGAUUCGUCUGGUUUUCGGCUGCGGUUUCUUUCUUACACCAAAACCUGCAGUGUCCGGCAGGAGAGCACGUCGGAAGACAGAAAGAGCUUUGACCGCACGUCCAGCAGGCAACGCAUUGGACUCCUUUCAGGUCGGAACCAGGAAAGACGACGGGGAACACGGGGGACUUGCCCCCCGAGCCCCGAUCUGGGCACGGCCAGCCGCUCUGUCUUUCCAGAGGGUCCCAGCACUCGUCCCCAGAGCAUCCGCUGCGAUUUGCAUCUGUGGCACAGCUGCGAUUUUGGACUUCCGACGCGUUUAUUAAUUAAACUGGAGCUGGCUGCUCUGCGA